AUGCUCUUGUGCAUCCUCAAGUCCUCAACCGCACUAUUUCUUCUGUUCUUUUUCUUGGACGUGAAUUACCUCCUCCUCGGCAUUGCUCACCUUCACGCCGAAUCGACCGGCACUAUCAAUAUCUCCGUUCAAAAAGCCGGUGGAUUUUGGGGGAUUCUGGCCGCGCUGGCGGCCUGGUACAAUGCGUUUGCGGGCAUCGCCGACCCGGGCAACAGUUUCUUUGCAAUUCCCGUGGGCCACUUUUCUUGGUCCCCGACGCGUAUGCACCGGAUCAAAAGUACCCAAGAAGUGGUGUAG